ACACACUGGGUCCUUAUGUCGUCAUCAUUCUGUUCCACUUUUCCAGUUUGUGGUGGAGAAACGUGGAUGAUCGUAACGUGUAGCUGCAUGGACAGACAUCAUACCUUACUGGACCACCCAAGCUGUUUAUAAUGGAGUACAUGCAAGCUCCUACUACAAGCAGCCAGGGGAACAUCCUGUGCUGUACCUGUGGCAUCCCCAUCCCCCCAAACCCUGCCAACAUGUGUGUGUCCUGCCUGAGGACCACAGUGGACAUCUCUGAGGGAAUCCCGAAGCAAGUCUCUGUGCACUUCUGCAAGCAGUGUGAACGGUACUUGCAGCCUCCAGCCUCCUGGGUGCAGUGUGCUCUGGAGUCCAGGGAACUGCUGGCUCUCUGCCUUAAGAAGCUGAAGGGCAACAUGACCAAAGUGCGGCUCAUCGAUGCCGGAUUCCUGUGGACAGAACCCCACUCCAAGAGGAUAAAGUUGAAGGUGACCAUACAGAAAGAGGUCAUGAACGGGGCCAUCCUGCAGCAGGUGUUUGUCGUGGAGUUUGUCAUCCAGUCCCAGAUGUGUGAUGACUGCCACCGCAUUGAGGCCAAAGACUUUUGGAACUCUGUGGUGCAGGUCAGACAGAAGACUUCCCACAAAAAGACGUUCUACUACUUGGAGCAGCUUAUUCUUAAGCACAAACUCCAUCAGAACGCACUCAACAUCAAGGAGAUCCAUGAGGGCAUUGAUUUCUACUAUGCCACAAAGCAGCAUGCUCAGAAGAUGGUGGACUUCCUCCAGUGCACAGUUCCCUGCAGGUCAAAGACCUCCCAGCGCCUCAUCUCGCAUGACAUUCACUCAAAUACAUUCAACUACAAGAGCACCUACUCCAUUGAGAUAGUUCCUGUCUGCAAGGACAACGUGGUGUGUCUGUCACCCCGUUUGGCUCAGAGCCUGGGGAACAUGGGCCAGGUGUGUGUGUGUGUCCGGGUCACCAGCACCAUCCACCUCAUCGACCCAAACACACUACAGAUUGCUGAGGUGGAUGGGGGAACAUACUGGCGCAACCCCUUUCAUAGCCUUGUUAGUCCUCGGCAACUGGAAGAGUUCAUCGUCAUGGAUAUUGAUCUCAUCAGGAACCAGAAACUCGGGGCAGGAGCAGGCCUGAGGUCCAAUAAGCACACCCUGGCUGAGGUGUGGGUGCAGAAGACUUCGGAGAUGGACACGGCUCAGCAGUAUCACUGUCGCACACACUUGGGUCACCUGCUUAACAUAGGAGACUUGGUUCAAGGGUUCGACUUUGCCAAUUCCAACGUUAAUGAUGAAUUUCUGAAUAAGAUGAACCCUAGUCAUGUUCCUGAUGUGGUGCUGAUCAAGAAGAGCUAUGACCGCAGCAAAAGGGUGAAGCGCAGGAACUGGAAGCUGAAGGAGAUGAACAAAGACAGAGAGGGCAUGGACACGGAUGAUGAAAGACAAUAUCAGGACUUUUUGGAAGACCUGGAGGAGGACGAAGCCCUGAGGAAGAAUGUAAACAUCUUCAGAGAUGCAUCUAAGAUCCCAGUGGAGAGUGAUACGGAUGAGGAGGGUGCCCCACGGAUUUCCCUGAUGGAGAUGUUGGAAGACCUCAGCCUAUCAGAUGCCACUGGAGGAGAGGGAGCUGAUAUGAUGACUGAAUAGGCCAGCGCAAGUCUGCAUAAUGACUGUUCAGAUCAGUCGGGCUGAUGGAGAAAUGGAAUGCUGUUUGAGGAUAUCAAAUAAAAUGUAAUCUGGCUUCAGAAUA